AUGGCUCAAGUCGUGAGGACGGGAGAAUUGUGGCCAACCAGUCGGUGUGACUCGACUCGGCUACAGUGUGCCGUCGAGCCUGCCUAUCGCAGUCUCAUUGGUACACGUUCGAACACCCGAGCCGACAAAUGCCCACGUCUCGCUUCGUCGCGUCUCCGCGUCGCUGCUCUUCCCUAUUCGCCCUUUCCACACGCACUGCCCAGCCAGGUCUCUCCGUCUCUUCUGCUCUCGGCCUAG